UCUGUGGAAAAGAAAAAAGAAGACAAUAUGAAGUACAUAUUCUUAAUGUUUUUCAUGAAUUUAUUAUCACAGUGUGAUGGGAAAUCUUUGAGAAGAGAUGACAGUUACCCAAAAACAUUUGAAGACAUUAAAACUGAGAUAGCUGGCUAUACUGAUAUUGCUAAAGCUAUUAUUGAUCUUGCUGUUUAUGGAAAAGCUCAAAACAGAUCCUAUGAGAGAUUAGCAGUUUUUGCCGAUACCGUAGGACCUAGAAUCAGUGGUUCAAAAAAUCUGGAUGCAGCCAUCAAGUAUAUGUUCAGUGCCCUGCAGGAAGACGGACUGGAAAAUGUGCAUCUGGAGCCUGUGAAGGUACCACACUGGGAAAGAGGAGAAGAGUUCGCAAUGAUGCUGGAACCAAGGAAUCACAGCAUGGCUAUUUUGGGACUUGGGAGCAGUGUUGCAACUCCUCCAGAAGGAAUUACGGCGGAAGUCAUAGUGGUAGCCUCUUUUGAUGAACUGCACAGAAGAGCUCAGGAGGCCAAGGGGAAGAUUGUUGUCUACAACGAACCUUUCAUCAGUUACGGUGAAACUGUGCGGUACAGAAUGCAGGGAGCAGUGGAAGCUGCUAAAGUUGGAGCAGUGGCAUCCCUCAUUAGAUCCAUUGCUUCUUUUUCUAUUAAUAGCCCACAUACUGGGUGGCAGAAUUACCAGCCUGAUGUGCCCCGAAUUCCCACUGCUUGCAUCUCUGUGGAAGAUGCUGAAAUGAUGGCACGGAUGUCUUUGCGGGGCACUAAGAUCGUUGUGCAUCUGAAGAUGGGGGCUAAGACGUAUCCAGACUCUCUUUCCUUUAACACUGUGGCAGAGAGAGUUGGAAGCAAGUACCCAGAGCAGAUUGUGUUGGUCAGUGGACAUCUGGACAGCUGGGACGUUGGGCAGGGAGCUGUGGAUGACGGUGGUGGAGCAUUUAUAUCAUGGGAAGCAUUAUCACUCAUUAAGGAUCUGGGACUUCGCCCAAAAAGAACUCUGCGCUUGGUGCUAUGGACGGCAGAAGAGCAGGGAGGAAUAGGUGCUGAGCAAUACUAUCAGUUGCACAAGGAAAAUAUCUCCAACUUCGAUAUCGUCAUGGAGUCUGAUGAGGGCACCUUCAAGCCAUCUGGACUGGGUUUUACUGGAAAUGCUAAAGCUCGGGACAUCGUAAAAGAGAUCAUGACUCUGCUGCAGCCCAUCAAUGUUACAGAUGUUUACGACAACGCAGAGGGAACAGACAUUGAUUACUGGAUGAGAGGCGGCGUGCCCGGUGCCAGCUUGCGUGAUGACCUCAGUAAAUACUUCUGGUUUCAUCAUUCUCAAGGGGACACGAUGACAGUUCAGGAUCCAAACCAGAUGAAUCUCUGUGCUGCUGUUUGGACUGUUGUCUCCUAUGUAAUUGCUGACAUGGAGGAGAUGUUGCCAAGGUAAUAAAACAGCAAGAAAGAAGAUUUCUGUUCUUCAGUAAGGACUGUGAGUCCACAAAUGCAUGUGGUCAACAGCUGUGGGAAAUUCCAUUUUUCACCCUGAUUUUGUGCGUUAUUAGAUCUGUUUUCCUCAAAGCACAUGCCAUUUUACAGAUUCCUGUUUCUUUUUGCUGUUUUAAUAUCUUCCAGUUGUAAUUUUCACUUAAAAUUUCUUCUAAGUACUUUUUGAACUUCUCAUGACAGUAUGAUACCCCUUUG